CGUCCACAUUUACGACAUUAACCGGAUGUGCAUACAGACCAGUUUGCGGUCAGGGGAAGACACAAGUUUAAAUCUAAUGGUGAAGUUAAGAGACGUUCAGAACAUGUUUUGGGGUGUGACUCUAGAUGGCGGUAAACGCUACACACAGACUGUGGAGCGCUCCUUCCACAUUUCAAUGGCAGCCUUGGAGUCUGGUACAGAUACCCCCAAAACAAAGGAGAAACAUGUAGCUGUGAUGAUCCAGCAUGAGAAGGCAGAGUUUGUUAUGUGCACAUUGGAGUUUGGCCGCCUCUACCAACAACCGCUGGACCUGAACUUCACUGAGGGCGAGGAGGUGACAUUCUUCCUCAAUGGUACAGGUAUUGUGCAUCUCACUGGCUACUUGCUGGAUGAGGGGCAGUACAACGACGAGAUGGGGUUCAGCGGAGAUUCCUCGGAGUCGGAUGACGAGGCACCUGAGCUGCUGGGUAUGGCGGAAGAAGACAGUGAUGACGACAGUGAUGACAGUGAUGAUGAAGAUUUUGCUAUAGAGAUGGCCUUGAAGAAAGAUGCAAAGAAAAGAAAAGCCAAAGACACUGGAGUUGUCCAAAAGAAGAAAUCUAAAUUGCUAAGCAUGAAUGAUGACAGUGAAGAUCUUGAUUCUGAUGACAGUGAUGAUGAUGAAGAGUUGAUGAUGGGAGCAGACAUGGAAGAUGACAGUAUGGAAGAAGAAGAUGACGAGGAAGAAGAUGAUGAAUCAGAGGAAGCGGAGGAGGACCAACAAGUGCCAGCUAAAUCACCCAAAGCCAAGAAACAAGAGAAAGAGAAGCAACCUACCAAGCAGACAUCUGCAGACAGUGCCUCAAAACAAAAGAGUGCUGGACAAAAUGGUGUAGCAAAUACUCCAGGCACCGAAGAGAAGAAAAAGAAGAAAAAGAAGAAGAAGAAAAACAAAAACAAGGAGGGAGCAGAAUCACAACAGAAUACUCCUGAGAAAUCAUCAGCCACUAAGCUCACAAAAGACACACCCAAGUCAACACCAAAUCAACCCAAAAAAGACACUCCAAAGCCCUCAGCCAGUCAGACCCCUAAACAGACACCGAAGAAGCGAGUGGUUUCUGGUGGUGUGAUUGUUGAAGAUAUCAAGGUGGGACAUGGUCCAGAAGCCAAGUCCGGGAAACAGGCCCAGAUGUAUUAUGUUGGAACGCUACAAGACGGCAAACAGUUCGACUCGUGUAAAGGUGGAAAGCCGUUCAAGUUCAAACUAGGCAAGGGUGAAGUGAUACACGGCUGGGAUGUUGGAGUCAGUGGUAUGAAGGUUGGAGGCAAGAGGAAACUAGUAAUACCUCCAACAAUGGGAUACGGGAAGCAGCGGCAGGGACCUAUUCCACCAAACAGCACCUUGGUCUUUGAAGUGGAGCUGAAAGCUGUCAGCUAAUAUUUUUAAUAAAACACAAAGAAAAUACA